UCAGAAACCGGAAACGAGGCUGUGUGUGCGGCUGGAACACCGGAGCGCCGGCACGCCGGGUCACCGGAGAGCAUGUGUGACUCGACCCUGGACUAUCUGUGCGGCCGCGGGCUGAUCCGGAGGACGGACGCCGCGGAGGUGAUCUGGAGCCACGCUGUAAACAGCAGGAGUCGGCUGCAGGAGGCGCUGUCAGGUCCGUCACACAUGCUCGAGGCCGACGUGAUCCUGAGAGGUCGCGACCCCCGCGAGCCCGUCAUGGCCCACCCACCCGACACAGACAGCGACGUGACGCUGCGGGAGUUCCUGCAGGCCGUGAAGCCUCAUGGGAAGGGCGUCAAGCUGGACUUCAAGAGCCUGGAACCGGUGUCCCCGUCCAUGGCUCUGCUGGACGAGCUGCUGGACGAAGCGAGCGCGCCCCUGUGGGUGAACGCGGACGUCCUGCCGGGCCCCGCCGGCCAGGCCACGCCGCUGGACGCACAGGCAUUCCUGAGGGCCGUCUCCAGCCUGCCGCCUCACGCCGUGCUGUCUCUGGGGUGGACCACAGGGUGGACGGCCGGCGCCGAGAACCCAGGUUACAGCUGGGACAUGGUCCAUGUGAUGGAGCAGACCUGUCGGGACCUGCGUCACCCCGUCACCUUCCCGGUGCGAGCCGCCCUGCUGGCCUCGUCCUUCCCACAGCUCUGCUGGCUGCUGCAGCAGUCCGACAGGUUCUCUCUCACCGUGUGGACCGGAUCUCAGGACCAGGUCUCGGUUCAGGACCUGCUGCCCUACAGGAAGCAGUUCCACGCCAGCCGGGUCUUCUACGACCUGCCCGAGCCCCUCAGAGUCCAGCUCAGCAGCGUUUCUGCACACGGCUGAAAACUGAUACGUCACGUCCUCCAGGGCAGUGUUACUCAAGUGGUGGGUUGUGGGCCCAAAAGUGGGUCGCAGGGGGGAAAGUAACCUUGAGUGACCUUUCACUCUCCCAAACAGUAGUUGGCGAUAAUUCCCUGUAAUGCAGAUUGACACCCUGCAUUUGACACCAUAGAAGAAGAUUUUUUGGACUCUCAUGGACUUUCAGAAACAUUUACUCUAUGCACCUACUUCUCGCUCCGCACACCACGUGCUUUGAUAAGCAGCGCUGCCACCGUUUUUUGUUGUUCAAUGUUUUUGUCUUGCUUGUAAUUUCUGUGUUUGUUCUUUUCCUGUUUUGUUUUGUUAGAACAGAGACUCUCACACACGCACUCACACACACACACCCACAUAUCUCCACAAUCACACUCACAUGAACACCCACUCAACAUAAUGUCCCCUUUUCUCUUUGAAAUCAACCCACCUACAUGUCAACUGUAAAAUUUGUAACCUGGAAUGUGCGUGGUAUGGGCACACGGUUAAAGAAAAAUAAAAUAUUCAAUCACCUCACCUCACUCCAGGCAGAUAUCUGUUUGUUACAAGAAACACACCUCUCAGAAUUAGACAACACUAAGAGAGACAGAUAUGAUAUUAUAUGUCAAGCCGAAAGAUUUAU